AUGGCUAAUGAUCUUUCACCAGGUUUCUACAUAGAGGAACUUAAUAAAUACCGUCAGAAACAUAAUGCAAAAAUUAAGUUUGUUGAAAUAUCUAACACUGGACCUCCACAUGACUUAAGAACCACCACGAACAAGAUUGCUUCUUAUGGAGUUAGUUGUUUAUCAUCAUCAACAACAGAAUCUUCAGAGGAGUCAUUAAUUGGGAAUUAUGUAGGUCUUAUCAACACGAUUGCCCAGAAGUCAAAACUCUCUGUAAAUUAUGAAUUGUGUUCAGUGAAGGAAUCAUGGGAGCUUCAGAACAGAUAUCAGUGUAAAUGUCGGGUUGGAACAAAAGAAUUUGGUGCUGCUACUGGCCCUAGUAAACAAGAGGCAAAACAACUCGCUGCUAAACUUGCAUAUGAGACAAUAAUGGAAUCAACAUCAGUGAAAGCUGACCCAGCAUCCUCUGCUCCUCACAUUUCUGAGUCCAAUGGCGUCAGCAGCGUGCCUGUGAAUAAUACUUGCUCUGCUGAAUUAUCAACAUAUUCAUUUGGAGACAUGCAGAGCAGUGACGCUUUGAAAGAGUCCUCGUCUCCUGGGAGCGGUUUCAGAAGUAAUCAAAGGAAAGCAAAAAGAGCUUUGGCACCUAGAUUUAGUUGUCUUGAAGAAGAAGCAGUAAAAUACAAAGAGUAUACUUUGGACUUCCGGUUUAUUCAGGACUUUGAAGACAUAGAUCGACUUGGCAAAGGUGGAUUUGGCCACGUUUUCAAAGCAAAGCACCGAAUUGAUAAGAAGAUGUAUGCUAUUAAACGUGUUAAAUAUGAUCAUGCGAAGGUAGAGCGUGAAGUAAAAGCCUUAGCAGACCUCAAUCAUCCAAAUAUUGUUCAUUACCAUUAUUGUUGGGAAGGUGAAGACUAUGAUCCAGAAAACAGCAGAAGUAAUUCAAGGUCAAAGACACGUUGUCUUUUCAUCCAAAUGGAAUUGUGUGAAGAAGGGACAUUGGCGCAAUGGAUUGACGACAGAAGAAGCAAGGAGCACGACAAAGUUUUGGCUUUGGAUAUAUUUGAGCAGAUAACGGAGGGAGUGGCUUACAUACAUUCCAAACAGUUAAUUCAUAGAGAUCUUAAGCCAAAUAAUAUAUUUUUAGUAAAUACAAAACAAAUAAAGAUUGGAGACUUUGGACUUGUGACAUCUUUGAAAAAUGACGAAAAGCGAACAUCUGAAAGGGGAACGUGGAUGUACAUGAGCCCAGAACAGAUGUCUGAACAUAACUAUGGAGAUGAAGUGGACAUCUUUGCCUUGGGAUUAAUUCUUGCAGAACUUCUUCAUAUAUUUGGUACAUAUCAGGAAACAAACAAGGUUUUUCAGAAUCUUAGGGAAGGUUUCUUCCCAGAUAUAUAUGAUGCUAAGGAAAAAAUUCUUCUACAAAAAUUACUCUCAAAAGAACCCAGGAAACGACCUAAGGCCCCUGAAGUACUGAAGACCUUGAAUGAGUGGAAGAAGGAGAAAAUGAUUGAGAAAAAGAAGCAUAAUACAUGUUAG